GGCACGGCGCGCCUCGUGCGCGAAACGCAUCGCGCGCGCACGCGGGCGCGCGCCUCAUCUUCCGCGCAUGCGCAUCGCGGGGGGGCCCUGCCUUAGCGGGUCGCUGCCGCCGCUCGGAGCGCCGCCCGCAAAAUCCCGCAUCAAACCACGCGGACCCGCUGCUUGGGCAGGCGCACGCACGCCGCGCCCGCGCACCCCGGCGAUUGAAAGCAAAAAAGCCCGCGCCGCGCUCUGCCGCCGAAGGACACGACCACGCGCGUCGCCUCGUCCGAGAAACCCCUUUCGUGUAGGAUAAGAAGCCACUCGAAAGCUGGUCCCGCGGACGUCGGACGGUCUGACUGCGGAGCUGCGAACAAUUUGGCCCACGAGCGAGGGUUCGGUUUGUAGGUAAAUAAUAGGCUCGGCUGCGGGGAAGGAGACCCGAAACGUCCUAGCUGCCCACUACCCGGCUGCAGGAAGUGAUCGCGAUGAAGCGCUCUAACCAAGUAACCUAAGUAAACGCGCAGGCAAUUUCUGUACGCCGCUCUUUUCGUGAUUUAAAUGAGCAAGUAUCUCCCUUUGGCCGUUUGUCCCGUUACUCCUUUCACUCGCGACAUGAUAAGUUGCGUGCCUCGUGGCAUGCCCUCGUAAGAGCUACAGGCAUUUCAAGACAGAAGAAGAACAUGGCCCCUGCUUCCUUAGAGAGCUCCUCCUUACGAUGGUGCGCGGCUCUGACACCCAGUGGGAAGGCUGCUCCGGCCGGAGGUGACGCGAUCGCGCCCCGCCUGGAGUUGCCGCCCAUAGCCGGUCACCCGAUCACUGUCGAGGACAUCGGCCAUUUCUUCUAGGCCGUCUUGUGCCGAAGGACAUGGGAUCGUGGAUUCUCAUUGCGGCGACCUUUCUCUGGGGCUCCGCCGGGCUCGGACGGGCCGGGCCCGACAAGCUCCCGCUCGGCUCGGCAGACUCUCUCAAGCACAGAGGAUCCGGAAGGUACUCCGGAGGCAGAUCCAACAGUAACUUGUACAUAGGCGCAAUCUUUACGCCCUACUCACGGGAGCAGCAGACAGCCUACGAGUACGCCAUGUACGAGCACAACAAGGGCGACUCGAGAUUCAAGGUCAACUCCUCCACGGGCGUAGUCCUGAAUGACGACCCCUUCAACAUGACCCGAGAAGUGUGCCACCAGAUGAGCCGCGGAAUCAUCACCGUGGUGGCUCCGAACGUGGGCUCCUCGUACGAGACGUUGGUGUCGCUGUCCAACACAUUCCACAUGCCGUUCGUGAGCACCUCGUUCCCCGAGAUGGCCACCUAUCGGCCGCCCUCUUUCGGGGUCUCGCUCAAGCCCAACUACAUACCGGCCAUCCUGGACGUCAUCAGUCACUACAACUGGUCCUUCAUCAUCUACCUCUACGACUCGGACGACGGCCUGCUGAAGCUGCAGCAGAUAUUCCACAUGACGGCGAACAAAAAGCUCGAAGUGCGCGUGGUGAGGCGUUUCUUCAACGUAUCCGACGCCAAUUCGUUCCUGCACCAGAUGGAGCUGAACGACCGUGAAUCGCGCAAGUACGUCGUUCUCGACAGCACCGCCGACGUGGCACGAGACAUCAUCAUCAACCACGUGCGUGACCUGUACACUGGCAGGAGGAACUUCCACUUCCUCCUCACCAGCCUCGUAAUGGACGAGUACUUUAACAACCAAAUCCUCGAACUCGGCGUGGUCAACGUCACCGGCUUUAGGAUUAUCCAGGUCAACAAAGACGAGUUCAAACAGUUCCAUAAACCUUGGGAAAAGCUAGACCACAGCAAAUGGCCCGGAGCUGGAACGGCCCAUGUAUCCGCGGACGUGGCGCUGAUGCAUGACGCAGCAAAAGUGAUCCUGGACACGUACAGUCGCCUGCUGAAGAACAAGUCGGACAUCUUCCGCAACAACUUCCGCAGAGGGGAAGUGUACAACCGCGGAAUGAAGGGCAUUGACUGCCAAAGCUGGCCGGCCGUCACGUGGGAGCACGGAAAGACUAUCGCCGAAUUUCUGAGACAGACGCACAUAAUUGGCCUUACUGGAAACAUAUCAUUUGAUGCGCAAGGAAAUCGUGUGAAUUUUACUAUCGACGUAGUUGAAAUGACGAUGAACAGCGAAAUGGUGAAGAUUGCGGAGUGGAGUGACUCGUCUGGUUUACAUCCUCAUCCACCAAAGUACAAACGAGUAAAACAAGACAGCGAACUAGAAAACAAAACAUAUAUUGUGACUAGCAUUUUGGAGGAGCCAUACCUGAUGUUCAAGAAGCCCGAACCAGGGCAAGUUUUAGUCGGGAACGAUCAGUUUGAAGGAUACUGCAAAGACCUGGCCGACCUAAUAGCCGACCAAGUCAAAGUCAACUACAUCCUGAAGCUUGUCAACGACUCCAAGUACGGGGGUCGCGAUGUCAACUCUCCUGCCGGAUGGAAUGGGAUGGUCGGCGAGCUUAUCCGCCAGGAGGCGGACAUUGCUAUCGCACCCCUGACUAUCACGUCAGCCCGGGAGCGGGUGAUCGACUUCACCAAGCCCUUCAUGUCGUUGGGAAUCAGCAUCAUGAUCAAGAAGCCCAUGAAAAUGAAGCCCGGAGUGUUCUCCUUCAUGAACCCGCUGUCGCGAGAGAUCUGGAUGUGCAUCAUAUUCGCCUACGUGGGCGUCUCGGUGGUGCUCUUCCUCGUCAGCCGGUUCUCGCCACACGAGUGGCGCUACGAGGAGACGUUCGUGGGGCCCUCGGUGUCCAACGACUUCUCGCUCUACAACAGUCUCUGGUUCUCCCUGGGAGCCUUCAUGCAACAGGGGUGCGACAUCUGCCCCAGAUCGGUGGCCGGUCGCAUCGUUGGCAGUGUGUGGUGGUUCUUCACGCUCAUCAUCAUAUCGAGCUACACUGCCAACCUGGCCGCCUUCUUGACCGUCGAGAGAAUGGUCACGCCCAUCAAUUCCGCCGACGACCUUGCCAAGCAAACGGAGGUCGAGUACGGCACGCUAUCCUUCUCUUCUACUCAAGAGUUCUUCCGGCGCUCCAAAAUCGCCGUCUACGCGCGAAUGUGGGAGUUCAUGAACACCCGCAAGCACGUCUUCACGUCUACGUACGAAGAAGGCAUUCGGCGCGUGCGCGAGUCCAAGGGCAAGUAUGCCUUCCUCAUGGAGUCCACCAAGAACGACUACAUCAACGAGAGACAUCCCUGCGACACCAUGAAGGUGGGCAGGAACCUCGACGCCAAGGGAUAUGGCGUCGCAACGCCGCUUGGCUCUAAUCUGAGGGACCGGCUGAAUCUCGCUGUUCUCAGCAUGAAAGAAAAUGGAGACCUGGCUCGCCUAGAAAACAAGUGGUGGUAUGAUCGCAGUGAAUGCAGAAGCGGUGACAGCAAGGAGUCCACUCAGAACGAGCUGACACUGAGCAACGUCGCCGGCUGCUUUUACAUCCUUAUUGGGGGACUCGUGCUGGCCAUGGUGGUGGCCUUGCUAGAAUUUUGCUACAAAUCUCGCAUGGAAGCAGCGCGCUCAAAGAUGACAAUGUAUGAGGCUAUGAAGGCCAAAGUACGAAUGUCCAUCACAGGGACACAACAUGGCGAUCGUGGAAGGGUACGGCAAGGCUCUCUCUAGUUGGGUGCAGCAGAUGUACAGCCCCACCGCGAACAUGGUCGGAGUAGACCAUGGUAGCCUCGAACACCAUGCUCUCGCCGCGGACAACACCCACACCCAGGUCUGACCACGGUUAUGCCUCUCGCUCAUACAAGCUGCACACCCGUCGUGAGAGACACUCGCAAGCACAGAAAACAGGACACUCACGUGAAUGCUGUGUGAUGAACUUUUGACCAAGCCCGGGCGUACAGAUCGCUACAUCGAAUCGGGGCUCUCAAAAGUGUCAGCCGUGUUGUGCAUUCACGGGGCCGACUCCGAAGAUUCCGAGUGUGCGUGGAUGUCUGUAGAGUGUCCAUCAACAUUUUCGUACAGAUUAUCUUCAGGUUGAGCAAACCGAUACUGUAGCGGGUAUCUGUGCAGCGAAAAGCCGCUUCAGUUUGUGCAGACACAAUUUUCACGAGUAAGAGCACUGUUACCUAAUUCCUUAUCUUGUUUAGGCACACUCUGACCUGGAAAAGUGAAGUUUGAUAAGUGCUUGUUGGUCACGUGGAUGCAAGUGGAUGAGGAAGAACGGGAGAACUAAGUCUUGCUUUUUAAGUUUAAAUUUGAACGCUUUUCCGCUAUACAGCAUUUUGUUGGUGUCACAUGGUGUUCUACUGCGGUUAUCAAAGGCUCCAUGCGAAGCUGGACUUAUAUAAAGUUGAUAUAACAUCAAGCCACCUUGCGUUAUAGUUAAUUUCGCGCCGCACGUUUGCUUCUGUACGAACGCGAGCUCGUUAAUAUAGCCAAGUGGAGCCCGAAUAUGAUUCUGGUGGGGCGAAAAUAAGCGACGUAGUCUCUCCUUUGAGAAAACUUCCGCCACAAAGGCCUGCAAAUUUUGAUAGGUAUAAAAAGCAGACCUUACUCUUGCACCGAUACAUCAUUUUACAGCACAGAACUGACGACGACGGGUCUGUAUGACCUCUUUGUACAUGAACAAAUUUUGGAGACCUCAACGAGUUCAAAGCACAGCUCUUUUGAAGACCGUAGAGAAAGUAAUAGGCAUUUAAUAUUCCUUAGACUUCAAAAUUAGUGAUCAUUAUAUUACUCUUCGUGAUUAGCCCAUGCUUGAACGUAGAAAAAAAAUGGCACCUGAAACAAAACAAAUUACGUUAUCGUUAAAGUGUAUCAUACCGAUUAAGCGACAGCUACAAGUGAGUGUCACAUAAACUCGACUUAUACAUUUUUACGGAGCGUUCCUUUAGUCUAGGCGGAUGUUGCAGAAUCUUCGUUUCAAAUCACACAGAUAUAACAAAGCUGUUGACGUAUUGUAGAUAUAUCCUCCCAAUUGUUCAGGAAUUCCUUAGGAAGCAAUUUCUACCAUUUUAAUUUACAAUCAUUUUACGAUGUUUAAAGUGCAAUAAUCAAGCCUCAACAAUUCUUUGGUGGAAUAGCAACUUAAGACAUUAUUGUUGUUACCUCACGAUAACGCAGUGCUUGCUCACAGCGUUUCCUCAUAAAAGCACAAAUACUUUCAUCAGUUAGACCGUGCUUGUACAUACUUAAUUCGCUUGGGUACCUUCAAGGCCGACACGGUGCUAGUUAAGUUUGGAACCAUCUGCUUCAUUCUGGGCGAUUGGAGUCCCUUUCAAUGGUGUCCGUAGUAGGGUGCUCACAAGACAAAAAAAAAAAAAAACGACGGCUGAUUGCAGUGCUUUGGUAGCCGUCGAGGAGUUUCAGUAAUCUAAAAUAAAGUUAGCAUUUGUAUACCGUUAAAUUACUAGACGGUGUAUUUGUUGACUGACUGAGACUAUCAUUUUUUUUUCAAGGCGAAUGGUUGACAUCGGAGAAAGACAAGGUCUUCUAGCGCGUAUGCUUGUACCAUGUGGUUUGCUGUUUAGACCGCACUACCUUCGGGAUCGGCCUACAUUUUUAGAUGGAACUAUCUCCGGGAUCGGUCCAUACUUUUUUGUUAAGUAAAGCCACAUUUUCGGUUCCGGUUUUAGGCGCGCGCAGUUUGAACGAGCGCAUCCGGGCCUAAUUUUGGCAUCUUAACAAUAAUUAAGCAUUAUUACUGCUUCAUACAUAGCUCUACGCUAACUUGGUGCGUCUAUUUUGUCUCAAGUUUCAUUUUGGCGCCUUUUUCGUUGUCCUACGAGCAAGACCUCAGAUCGCCUUAUUUGGACAAACACGAUCAGACUGUGGCAGCCAGAUACCCCGAUCCCACGAAUCCCAAUUCGACUUGAAGUAUCCUCAGAAGACUUUGUCUUCGAAAUUAAUAAAAUAGGUAGACUAUCAUACUAUGAUUUAUUACAUAUGUUUGGUUCAAAAUUGCCAAUUUAGCUACAAAGUUGUGAAGCACUUGUGCCUGUUUUCGCCUUUCGAAUGCUUACAUCUUGUAAUGAGCUCGCCCUGACAAAAUGUUGAGUGCACCCUGCUUUCUAGUUUAGCGAUUGAUAGGUGUUCUUGCGUGAAUGCUUUUGCGCUGUAUAGUCCUUGCUGUUAAGUGCUCGCGGUGGGCACUUCGCUCUAUUAAAUUUGCUGUCUGUCUCUUAUGGGGUUCAGCAUCGUUCUAAACACAUUCCCAUAAGAUUCACAUCUAAAACGAAGAAUAUCUAGGCAAAUAUUAUUGUGUACAAUAAAGUUUCUUUGUUCCUGUUU